UUUGCUCAGAUUUGUUUCCACGAUGAAAACCAACACGGAGCGCCCGUGAGCGGCUUUAACAGACGUUGAAUUUCACAUGCCGCUGUCAGUUUACUUAAGCUAGCAGUGCCAUUCCUCCUGGAGCCGUUUCACCCACUUUCUGCCCCGAGGGAGACCGUUGGGAGCCGGAGCGGACGGUGACGCGGUGUGAAUGUCCAGCGCGGACGACGGACUGACGGACGGACGUUCCACCAUGUCAGGUUUAACACUACAGAACGGUGACCUUCAGGGUCUGGAUGAGGGGGAUAUUCUGGACCCAGAGUUCCAGCAGCGUUUGGAGGAUGCCCGUACUACGCUCAGGCAGGAGAUCCAGCGGGAGCUGAAGAUCAAGGAGGCAGCCGAGAGACUACGGCGGGCUGUCACCAACCGCAAGAGUGCGGCCGACGUAGAGGGUCAGCUCAAGGCCUCGAACCGCAAGCUGGAGAAGUUGCACUGGCAACUGCAUGAGCUCAAUGCCAGGUCUAUGGCCACAGAGAAAGACAGCACCACAGGACAGGAAGAUGCUGUCUACAGCCCAGCAAAUGCUGCAGGACAGCCGCACUAAGAUUGAGCUGCUGCGUAUGCAGAUUAUCAAAGUCAGUCAAGCCAGAGACGUGGAUGGCUCUCAAGGUCUGCCCGUGGAGAUGAUCAGUCCUCUGGAGCUGCGGGUGGCUGAACUCAUGCACCACAUGAAGAUUGAAUCGGCCGUAGCAGAAGGCGCCAAAAACGUGGUGAGGCAAAUGAGUGGGCGUAAGAUUCAGGACCGCCGCAUACUUGCAGAGGCCCAGGCACGAAUGCAAGAGUCAUCCCAGAAGGUGGAUUUGUUACGUCUAUCCCUGGAGAGACGUUUAAGUGAGCUGCCUCAGGACCAUCCCAAAUGUGCUGCCAUUAAGGAGGAACUCAUGUUGGGAACCUUGCCUUCCUACGGCACGCCAAAGAAGCAAUCCAACGCUUCGUCCUCAUCGUCUUCUUCAUCUUCUUCCUCCUUCUUUAAACCAGCCAGUCUAACAGGCCGGUUGGAGGUAUGUUUGAAGGGUUGCCAAGACCUGCUGGAGUCUGUUCCGGGCCGUGGUCGUGUGACCAGUGUCUCAGCCAACCCCGGAAGCCUUUCUGAUGGAAAGUCUCUGAAGGUGAGAGCCGGCCUAUCAGGACGCAGCGCCAAUGGCAAGACAACCAAGGCUGAUGAGCUGUCCUCGGAGGUAAGCGUGGUGCUGAAGGUGGACAACAGGAUUGAGGGGCGCACACAGUGGAGACAGCUGGGCACUGAGGCCUGGGGCCAGAGCUUCAGCAUUGAACUGGAACGGUCCAGGGAGCUGGAAAUUGCUGUGUACUGGAGAGACUGGCGAGCUUUAAGUGGAGUGAAGUUCCUGCGGCUGGAGGACUUCCUGGAUAACCUCCGACAUGGAAUGUGUCUCCAGCUGGAGCCUCAGGGCAUCCUUUUCAUCGAGGUGACCUUCAUCAAUCCUGUCAUUGAGCGGCGCUCCAAACUCCAGAGGCAGAGGAGAAUAUUCCCCAAAGAAAAAGGGAAGGACUUCCUGCGUGCUGCCCAGAUGAACAUGAACUUUGCCACUUGGGGACGUUUGAUGAUGAGCAUCCUGCCUCCCUGUAGCUCCCUGGAGCCCAUGAGCCCUCCAUUAGCGGGCCCUAACACUGGCUCCACAUCAUCCAGCACUUCUCCGGCACGAGAACCUGCUGUGGUGAAUCUAAAUUUUACUGAAGAACAACCUGGCAGAUCUCCACAUCGCACCAGAAAGAACACUAAAGACUCUCCAUUGAACAAAAGUCCCAAGCCCAGGCGACAACCCUCAAUUCAUCCACCCUUACACACGGACGAAGGACUUCAGAUGGAAGACUUUAACUGCAUUUCAGUUUUAGGAAGAGGUCACUUUGGAAAGGUGCUGCUAGCAGAGUAUAAGAAGUCAGGCAAACUGUAUGCCAUCAAAGCACUGAAGAAAGGAGACAUUGUGACACGUGAUGAAGUUGACAGCCUUGUUUGUGAAAAGAGGAUAUUUGAAGUGAUCAACGCCUCACGACAUCCAUUCCUGGUGAACCUGCACGGCUGCUUCCAGACCGCAGACCAUGUAUGCUUUGUGAUGGCCUACUCCCCCGGAGGAGACCUCAUGACACACAUUCACACCAGCAUCUUCACAGAGAAACAGACCCGGUUUUAUUCGUCGUGCGUUCUGCUCGGACUGGAGUUUCUCCACCAAAACAAAAUAGUUUACAGGGAUCUGAAGCUGGACAACCUGCUUAUGGAUGCCGAUGGUUUUGUCAGGAUAGCAGACUUUGGCUUGUGCAAAGAAGGUAUGGGCCAUGGGGAUCGCACCUCCACAUUCUGUGGCACACCAGAGUUUCUGGCCCCAGAGGUGCUGACCGACAAUAACUACACCCGUAGUGUGGACUGGUGGGGGCUGGGGGUCCUCAUCUAUGAGAUGCUGGUGGGAGAGUCUCCUUUUCCAGGUGAUGAUGAGGAAGAGGUGUUUGACAGCAUCGUCAACGAUGACGUCCGCUACCCUCGCUUCCUUUCUCCUGAAUCUGUGUCCCUCGUUCAAAAGCUGCUGCAGAAAAAUCCUGAGAUGAGACUUGGGGGAGGAGAGGAAGACGCCUCACAGAUCAAAAGACACAAAUUCUUUCAGAGCGUGGACUGGGAUGCUCUCCUGGCCAAAAAGGUGAAACCUCCUUUCUUGCCGGUCAUCAGGGCGCCAAAGGACGUCAGCAACUUUGACGAGGAGUUCACCCGCCUCAAGCCAGUCCUCACCCUCCCACGAACAACCUGCAUCCUCACUGCAGAGCAGCAAGAAAUCUUUGCGGAUUUUGACUUCUCUUUCAUGAGUUGACCAAAAGGGAUUUAAGCCUCUGUCCUGCCACGGCGUUGUGACAGGCAGCUAUACCGACUUUUAUUUGCCUUAACGCUCUGAGAACGCUGAGAAACUAACAGUCCUGCCUUUUUCAUGUCCACACAGUUCCACAUUCCCAUCUCUGUUGCCUGCUUACUGCCACACACUACAAAAUCUUUUUAAUGUUUUGUCUCUGCCAAAUAGAUUUUGAAUCAUUAAGCAGUAAUGGUUUAACAUUUUACUGUUUACACUCUAUAUGAAAUAUGUCACCAGUGCAAUAAUGGGUUUUGCUUGUGAAUUAUUUUUUUUACAAAUGGACAAUGUGCCAGUGAUGUUCCAAACAUCAGCACUGCCCUCUUAUUCAAAGUACUAAAUUAUAAGUAUGUGAUCUUAACGAAGAGAAUUGAAAGCUUUGAAUGUACCGUCUGCUAUUUACUAUAACCAUUAUAUGUCUGUCUGUUAUUAAAGCUGCAGGUCACUUUUAUUAAAAUAACUUUUUGUCAUAUUUGCUGAAACU